GGGAGCGGGGCGGGGAGGGCCAGUCUCCUGCCUUCACGUAAACAGGGAAAGUAAUCAGGAGAGUAACUGCGCAGGGUAAUACUGUCAUGUGCACUCUCCCUUAACACCUCACGCCUCACUACUCAUACCCAACGCUACUGCAAUGUCGAAAUGGGUGGAAAAGAAAGUAAACCCAUCUCUCUCUCCUACGAGGAGGCAAUAAAAAGAGUCAGUGAUGCAGAAUUUGCACGCCUGAAAGAUGCAUACAAAAGAACUGCAACUCUUAAUGGAGCCAUCACUAAGCAGGCUUUCAUUAGAGAAGUUCUGGGAGAAGGAGUUCCCUUACAGUUAGCAGAGCUGAUAUUUUUGGCAUGUGGAGGAACAACGAAGGGUAUUACAUUUAAGGAUCUGUUAUGCAGCCUGGUGCUCUUAACACGUGGAAAUAAAGAAGAAAAGAUCAAAUUUAUUUAUGGAGUGUAUGCCAGUGAAACCGGAACUCAUGUUAUAAGAAGUGAAAUGCUCCGGCAGCUACAAGCUACAGAGGGGGGCUACACACCAGAGAUACUGCACAAGUGUUUUGGUCAGAGUGAACGCAUUUCCUAUGAAGAUUUCAAAGAGUGGUUGUUAAUACACCCUGAUGCCACAACAGUGACAUGCUGGCUGUUGGCUGAGCCUUGCCAUGUGUCACUCUCCAACGACCUAGAAACUCCAACCUUCUAUCAAACACUAGCUGGUGUCACCCACUUGGAAGAGACAGAUAUCUUGGAACUUGAAAAACGAUACUGGUAUUUGAAGGGCUCUUCACCAACAGGAAAACUUGAUCCAGACACUUUGGUCCCCAUGAUUUCUCCUCCACUUCCUCCAAUGCUGGCAAAAGGAGUAUUCAAUGCCUUUGAUGAAAACAGAGACAACCACAUAGACUUCAAACUUGCUUUUCUGGGGGGAGCCCCACAAAAAUUUUGUUUUAAAAUCUUUGAUAGAGAUAGAGAUGGGCAUCUUUCAAAAGAUGAAUUAACAGCUAUGAUGCAGGCUCUGCUACUCUUAAGAGACGAAGAACAAGAUGAUGAUUCAGAUGAUAUCUGUGUGGGUGUUUCCCCAGACAGUGUCCAGAGACUAGUAAGAGAGUUGCUAGAAAACCACGAUCCCAAUAAUUCAGGAUUUGUCACACAAGAGGAGUAUCUCAUGUGGACACUGCACAAUCCACUUUCUACAGCUUUACUGGAUAUUAUAUUCCAGGUGUGCCAUAUUGUGCUUGGUUUAAAGCCUAGUAGUCGUACAGAAGAAGGAGAGAUUGUUGUUGGUUGGUUGCGGAGAGCAGAAACUAAGACUCUUACCAUCGGGCAGUUUUGGUACAUCAUUAAUAUGGAAUGGUGGAAUCUUUGGCUGGAAUAUGUUAACCAUCAGUCGCCUGGAUCAGAUAGCAGUUCUCUUAGUCCAUCAUCACACAGCAGUUCACCUGCUAGUUCUCAGUGUGGCUCUCUCAAACGUACCAAGCUACAGAAAAAAUCUGCAAAUUCAGAGGGAACUGUUGCUUCUGAUGCAAGCAAUAGUGUGCUAGUCACCAGUAUAGCCAGCUUAGGAGGUGCAGAUUCUAUUUCUUUAACAAGCUUAGAAAGUGAUGGAUCUGGCCGCUUAGAUCAAUCAGGGUCUCGGCAGGGAACACUCCAGCGUCACGGCCAGUCUGCAUCCAGCCCACGUAAAAAUUUCAGUUCAAGCAAUCUUUCGGUUCAUAAUUAUGAAGCUAACAGGUGCAGUAGCACAUCGAGUCCAAGUCACUCCCCUCGUCUGACUCGCCGUGCAGCCACCAGUCCAGGACCACUGCUUGUCCCAUCACGACCACCUGCUAUUGACAAUUCUCCUCUAGUGGAGCCAAACACAUCGAAAGUAAUGCUUUUAACGGGCGAGGGCGGACGUUUAAAGCGAAGUGUUCCCCUUGUUGAGCGUCGCGACUUUGUGCUGGUCCCUGACUCACUGUGGAAGGCUCUUCAGCAGUGGUAUGGAGGAGCACCUGCCCUUCCUAGGCAGGUUAUUCAUGGACGCUCUAGUGGAGAAGUAGAAUUAGAGUUAUACCCUCUAACUCUCCGGUUGUUCCGCCAUGUUCAGCAGCAGUCCAGAACACCAAACAAUUCCUGGGUUGGAGUUGUAGGUGGUUAUGGGGCUGCAGCCUUAAAUUCAGCUCCAUAUUAUGUGACAUCUUUACCAAAUUCCACGUCAUCCCCAAAAAGAUAUUUGGCAUAUCUAGCAGCGUUUAGUCGUUUGGCCACUUUACGGCAGGUAUAUGAUUAUUUAGCUACAAAGUUGCGAUUGCGUCUUGAGGAUAUAAGAUUGUGGUAUGUGCGUGAUGAGCCUACUGGCAUGAUUUUGUUGGAAGAGGAAGAUACUACCUUAGAGGAAGUUGGUGUGGCUGACCUUGCUCAUGUAUUAAUUGAAGUCAGGAAUAAGGACCUCACAUGGCCAGAAGAAAUGAGCCAAAUUGCUUCUACUAGAUUGAUGCGUACACAAUCCAGCCAAGGUGUCAAAGAGAAAGGGGUGACAGGACUGAAUAACCUGGGCAACACAUGUUUCCUUAAUGCAGCCCUUCAGUGCUGCUCAAAUACACAUCCUCUCACCACAUACUUCAUCAACAAUAUGCACCUGUAUGAGCUCAAUCCAGACAAUCCUUGUGGGAUGAAAGGCCAUAUGGCAAGACAAUAUGGAAAUCUAAUGCAGGAGCUGUGGGGUGGUGGCGCAAGAACUGUAGCUCCACUUAAAUUAAGGUGGACAAUAGGAAAGUACAGUGGAAACUUCACUGGAUUUCAACAACAUGACUCCCAGGAGCUGCUGGCUUUCCUUCUUGAUGGUUUACAUGAAGACCUAAAUAGAGUUCAUAACAAGCCAUAUAUUGAACUCAAGGACUCGGAGGGACGUCCCGAUACACUAGUUGCCCAAGAGGCUUGGGAGAAUCAUAUUCUACGCAACAAAUCCAUAAUUGUUGAUCUCUUUCAUGGCCAGUUGAAGAGUAAAGUUACUUGUCGGGUGUGCAGCAAUGAAAGUGCAAGAUUUGAUCCAUUUACAUACCUAACAUUACAGCUGCCCAUGGAGAGUUUUGUAUAUUUGGAAGUUAUAGUUGUUAAACUUGAUGGCAGUAUUCCUGUUAAGUAUGGGCUGCGGUUAAACAGUGAGAGUCGUUACUAUGAUGUAAAGCAGCACCUUCACACACUUACCAAUAUACCUCCACACCAGAUAAUGCUCAGUGAACUGGCAAAUGCUCAGAUCAAGUAUAUUCCUAUGGAUGAAGGGCGUGUGAGGACAGUAUCUGGGUGUGCUCUGUUUGCCUAUGAGUUGCCUUCACCUACAUCCUGCCAUUCAAAUGAAGUGCGAUCAUCCUGCCGAAGUGCCAGAGAUAGACACGUAUUCACUCACAUACAGCGUUCUACUCAUCAUAGUUCACCUUGCUUAAGAGAAGGAGUGAGUAGUCCUUCUCACAGCAGUUGUACAACAGAGAGUAUAGUCGCCAGUCCCAGUAGCCUUGAGCUCAGUACCUGUAGAUCAACGUCACAAUCUAGUCAUACAUCACAUCAGGAAAUGGCAAGCAGUAAAACAGCUAAACAUAAUGGCAACAGCAGCAGCAACAGCAGCAGUUUGACAUCAUCACAUUCCUUGGGACCAACAACUUCAUCAGCAAGGUCAUCAAUUCAGCAUGACAAUGACCUUUAUAAUACUCACAAAGGAUUCAUUAUUGCCUUUCAUAGAAAAAUGAUGCGGCAAGAAGUGUAUUUCCUUUCAUCACAAAAGACCAGACCAAGUUUAUUUGGGUUACCUCUCGUUAUACCUUGCAGUACCUAUGCAACACAUCAGGAUUUGUAUCAAGGCGUGUGGACGCAGGUGUCAAGAUUAGUCUCGCCUCUACCGCCAACUGAAGCUGCCGGACCCAACCAUGCUCAUGAUUGUGAUGACAGCUUGGGUUAUGAAUUCCCUUUUGUCCUACGUGUUGUUGAGCGUGAAGGGCUUCAGUGUGCAUGGUGUCCUUGGUAUAGAUUUUGUAGAGGAUGUCAGUUGCCGUGUGAUGAUGACAAUUUCUCUCAGAAUGCUGCCUUCCUUGCCAUUGAUUGGGACCCAACAGCUCUUCAUCUGCGAUAUCAAACAGCUUUAGAGAGGGUAUUUAUGGAACAUGGUAGUGUUGAAGAGAUGCGUCGCAAACAUGUAGAACCUAUUGCACUGUCAGACUGCUUAGAAGCUUUCUGUUCUGAAGAAACUCUUGAGUAUUCCUGUGACAAGUGUAAAAAGAUCCAACAAGCAUCCAAAAAAUUGCAAAUAUGGAGAUUACCACCUAUAUUGAUAGUUCAUCUGAAGAGGUUUCAAUUCGUCAGUAACAAAUGGAUCAAGAGCCAGAAAAUUGUUAACUUUCCCUUAAGAGACUUCGAUCCAACAGAGUACUUGGCUUCUGUACCCCGACAAACAAUCUAUCUGCAUAGAGCAGAGCUGGAAGGAGUUGAACCAGCUGUAUAUAUGGCAAAUCUUCAAGAUAAAGAUAAUAUAUUUUUAGAAGUGGUACCUGAAAAUAAGAUAAUUGAGCAUAUUAAAGGAAACUAUGAUGACGAGUUGUUGUUGAGAAAUGGUAAAAACUCUAUGAAUGCUUCAGUAAAUGGGAACAUCAUUGGCACAACUAUCAGUUCAUAUCCAGGGAUGCCUCGUGAUGGAAAUGUUGGGGGUAGUGAAGGAGGAAAUAAAAGACGUAUAAGAAAUGGCUCGGUUUUAUAUGGGGACACCCUUCAGGAUUUCCACCAGCACCGCUUGGAGGAGGGAUAUGACCCACUUGACCUCAAGUACAACCUCUAUGCUAUUGCUUGUCAUACGGGAAUUAUGGAGGGAGGUCAUUAUGUCUGCUAUGCCAAGAACCCACAGGGAAAAUGGAUUUGCUUCAAUGAUAGCAGUUGUAAGGAGGUAAAUGAGUCACAAAUUGAUCUCAAUUCUGCCUACAUGUUGUUUUACCAGCGUGAUGGCCUUAGCAUGGAGAAAUAUAUGCCAAAUGUAGAAGGUAAGGUACCUUUUCCAAAGGAGUUAGAUGAAGAAAGUGAAGCUGAAUAUAAGAAACAGUGCCGAGUAAUGUAAAGCAACAAUAAGAAAUGGAAGAUGCUUUGGGAGUUAUCAUAACUUACAUUAUUCACCAAUAUUUUGAGUUAAGAUUUACUAACAAGGUGUUAUAUAUGAUAAAGAGCUUAUUAUAAAAGUAAUCACUUCAUUCCUACCUAAACUUUAUUAUUUAAUGUUAUAUAUGAUUUUUUAUAUGUAAUACUGUAUAUGAAAUAUUUUCAUCAUUCAGUUAGAAUAACAUUCAAAUUGCUUCUAUAUGAAUGCUCAUGCUCAUUUAAAAUAAGGAUGUUUUCAUUGCAUAGUAAUCUGAAUGUCACAUAUAUCAAGGUAUUAAAACACCAUUAGUAUGUUUUCAAAGGAAGAUAUCUAGGAGGAAAUUCAAUGGGGUUGUGCUUAUAAUAACAUAAAUAAUAAUUAAUUUUGUUUAAUGUUUGAGUACCAAAUACAUACUGUAUUAAUAGACAUGAGGAGAUAUGUUCUAGUUUCUGGUGAUUGUGUUUUUAUAAAUUGUUAUAGUCUGAUCAUGUACUAUACCUCUGCUUCUUACUUCCAAACCCUUCAACCCUCUCUAAAUUUAGACAUUUGUAACUUGCAUUCAUAAACAGAAAAAGACAAGAUUAAAAGCUCGGAAAGAAAACUGUAAAAUUGUCAGUGGAUUUUAUGGAUAACAUAUUUGUAUUAAUACACUUGAAUAUUUCUUGUAUCAUGAAAUAGCAUUCGUAUUCAUUUGGUAUUCCUUGGUUAUGGUACAUUUUGUAUGCUACUUCUCAUAAGACAAACACUGUCCUCACUUGUAAAUGAAUACAACUCUGCGUACUGUAUUACAGUGGCAAGCCCUUGAGGGGAAGAAGACAUGAGUCAGGGACUAGCAAUUAAGUAUGUAAAAUAGGAUAAGAAUUACAAUGUUAGUUCAGUUGUUGCCAGAACUGAAAUCUUAUCAGUGAAUUAAUUUCAUUUUUAACAUAAUGUAUUAAUAUUUUAUAUCAGUAGCUGAGAAAUUUCAGCUUUCUAGUCUUGAUAGAAAAGUUACUCUAAAACAUUUGCUGGCAACAAAGGAGGACAAUGUUCAUGUCACAUACUUGUACUGUAACAAAGUAUAGCUACAGGAUGAGAGCUAUGCUCGUGGAGUCCUAUCCUCCAUAUAAUCUUCGUUAUAUGACAUUUUCAAACUACUGACCAGUUUGGCAUCCACCAUCUCUCUCAAAUUUUUCCAGUCAUCUACAAAUUUGUUUGCAAAAGAAAACUUUUGUAUAUUUUUCUGCACCUUUGUUUCCUUAGCUUGAAUCUGUGAUCUC